AACAACAAGAGGAACGUGACGCGACGUAACGCAGAGGCUGUCACGGCUACUUCUUCACUCUCCUCUCUUGACGUAAGAUUUUUUAAAUCAAAAUGGCCACAUCAGCAAGUUCGCACCUAUGUAAAGUUGUAAAGCAGCAGUACAUGGAGCUCCCUCAGGGAGGUAAGGUCCAAGCCAUGUACAUUUGGAUUGAUGGAUCUGGAGAGGGAUUGCGCUGCAAGACCAGAACUUUGGAUUUUGAACCCAAGAACAUCGAGGAUCUUCCUGAGUGGAAUUUUGAUGGCUCCAGCACCUACCAGUCAGAGGGCUCCAACAGUGACAUGUACCUGAUACCAGCAGCUAUGUUUAGGGACCCAUUCAGGAGAGACCCUAACAAGCUGGUUCUGUGUGAAGUGCUCAAAUACAACCGCAAGCCAUCCGAAUCCAAUCUGCGUCACACCUGUAAGCAGAUCAUGAGCAUGGUGGAAAAUCACCACCCUUGGUUCGGUAUGGAACAGGAGUAUACUCUGCUGGGCACAGAUGGACAUCCUUUUGGCUGGCCUUCCAAUGGCUUCCCUGGUCCUCAAGGGCCCUAUUAUUGUGGAGUGGGAGCAGAUAAGGCCUAUGGACGGGACAUAGUGGAGGCCCACUAUAGAGCUUGCAUGUAUGCUGGGGUACAGAUCUGUGGAACCAAUGCUGAAGUUAUGCCUGCUCAGUGGGAGUUCCAGGUUGGGCCUUGUGAAGGUAUCAACAUGGGAGACCACCUGUGGGUUGCUCGUUUCAUCCUUCACCGAGUCUGUGAGGACUUUGGUAUUGUGGCCACCUUCGACCCUAAGCCUAUCCCUGGUAACUGGAAUGGUGCUGGCUGCCAUACUAACUUCAGCACAAAGGAGAUGCGAGAAGAGGGUGGACUAAAAGCCAUUGAGGAGUCAAUUGAAAGACUGGGGAAGAGGCACAGCUACCAUAUUCGGGCCUAUGAUCCUAAAGGGGGUCUUGACAAUGCCAGGCGCCUGACCGGUCACCAUGAAACCUCAAACAUCCACGAGUUCUCAGCUGGGGUAGCCAAUCGCGGUGCUAGCAUCCGCAUCCCUCGCUCCGUGGGCUACGACAAGAAGGGCUACUUUGAGGACCGCCGCCCAUCCGCCAACUGUGACCCAUAUAUUGUCACAGAGGCUCUGGUACGCACAUGUUUACUAAAAGAAGACGGGGAUGAACCCACAGAUUACAGCAAAUGAAUGCCCCGAGACUGAUUCUCACCUCUCCCUUUAAGAUUACACCUGAAGAUGAGGAAAAAAAAAGUUUAAUUACCGGUACUGUAAUUUGUCAGUCUAAAGUGAGAUUUUAUGGGUGUAGUCUUGUAGGUUGUUUUUUUUUUUUACAGUUGGUUCUAUUCUGUGCUUUCUUACCUCUGACAUGGACACUGCCUUUUGUUUUUUAAAAAGAACAGCAAAUGUCAUUAUGAUGGGGGAGAUUCAUAUUGGAUUUUCUCCAUAUUGUUUAUCUACUUCAUUAUUUUUUAUAGAUUCAUUCAUGUAAUAUCAUAGAUAACGUGCGCUUACCUUGAUACUGCCAGUAGUGCAACAGGGUUGUACUUUAGAGUUUUUAAAACUGGUCCAAAGAAUUGUAUGAAUGUUUUGAUUUUUUUUUUAAUACUCUGCCCUUUUGUGGAAAAACGGCCGAUAUGUCUUGUCAACGAUAAGUCAUCCAAACACUAUAAAAAAAAAAGAUUUCAACACGAUGCAUGGGACUGUGAUCACUUUUCAAUAAUUUGAGGAAAAGCUCAAAUAAACAUUUUAACAUUUUUAUAUAACUGAAUAACCUGAGUUUGUCUUGUUGAAAAUAUUGCUUAACUUUCCCCCUCUGAAAUGAAAGUGUAAGUAACGUCUUGUUGUGCAAGUCCGUGACUUGGAACGAUAAUAAGAUGGAAAACAUCAACAAACAUGAGAACUCAAUUAACUGCCACGCUGAAGGGCAACUAUUAGGAGGAGCAGAAU